GUCUGCCGUUUAUAUCGCUGUCUCGAGCUCUAGACUGGCCGGUGCGAUCCCUCGGAGCGAGAUCGUGCACGGAUGAAUCGGGGGAUCCCGACGCUUCUCCGCGGAGGACGGAGCGACCGUCGCACGAACACGACGCUCGGGGGAUAUUGCUCUGACUCGAAGAAUACAUUACUCUGUGUGAACCGCCCGUCCGUCGUUCGCGGCGGAGUUGCUAGUGCGUGUGUUGAACCGACAGUGUGUGGUGAUCGUACAUCAACGUACGUGCGUCGCGACCGGUAAAAUAUCAAUCAGUCGCGAGAUAUGGGACACGAGCCUUACCAUGGUCGUCGCGACGUCAUCGGCGAUUGCUUUGAUUGAGGAUUUAUCGAAGGACACGCUAGGAAGGUUGCGUAUUCGGUACGUGAUGCCGGCGGCGCACCUGACGCUGCGCGAGGAGGACGUGGUGCGACUGACCUUGGAGUUCCUCCACAGCCGUGACCUUCACAUCUCGCAGCUCUCGCUGGAGCGCGAGACCGGGGUGAUAAAUGGUCAGUACAGCGACGACGUGCUCUUCCUGCGUCAGCUGAUCCUCGACGGGCAAUGGGACGAUGUGCUGGAGUUCAUCCAGCCCUUGGAGGCGCUCUCGGACUUCGAUAUGAGGAAGUUCACGUACUCGAUCCUGCGACACAAGUACGUCGAGCUGCUGUGCAUCAAGUCCGAGGCGAACGUUAUCGCCGCCAGCACGAACAACAGCGUGGACAACGCCGUGGAGGAGGUGGUCAAGGUGUUGAGCGACCUUGAGAAGGUCGCUCCUUCCAAAGAGGAAUACAGCAGCCUGUGCCUGUUGCUCACUCUGCCGCGGCUGACGGAUCACCUGCAGUACAAGGACUGGAACCCCAGCAACGCCAGGGUGCAAUGCUUCCGAGAGGUGCAUCCCUUGGUGGAGAAGUUCCUGCCGGGUGACAGGAAGGGCAUUGACUCCGCGCAUCCGGUCACCUCCGCGAAGAACGAUCGGCUCAUUCAGCUCAUCAUCAAGGGCAUUUUGUACGAGUCCUGCGUUAACUACUGCCAAGCGAAAGCCACCGGCUCGAAAGAGAGCGAACAGGUAGAGAUGAGUUUCUCGAGGUUGCUAGACGGAUCGGUAGGUUUCAGCGAUUCCGACCUGAGUUUGCUCUCGUGGCUUCAGAGCAUACCCCCUGAGACAUUCGCAGUGCCGUUCGCGCAAAGAACCUUGAACGUCGACGUAGAACGUCUCGAGAGGCCCUCCUUGGAGACCUCGUGGACGGAGCACAUGCUCAUAACCCCGAUCAAACCGAAAACCUUUCCGCACAGCGCCAUGCCGUUUACCAGGCCGAGAUCUGCCGCGGACAUGAUGUCCCGCAGUUUAGUGCCAGCUUUAGAAGCUGGCCUCGGGCCGAGGAGUCCCGGACCCAAGAACACGAUCAUACCAUCCGCGGCGCUGAUGGCGCUCUCUACCGGCGACAUAAACCCCAUGUCCAGGUCGUCCUUCGCUAGCUUCCACUUGAUCGGUUUCAAGAAUAACAAACUGAUGAACACCAGCGUCGAUAGGCUCUUCGAGAAUGAGGGUGACGUCUUCCUGAGCUCGAAUUACGCCGAGUUCCAACAGCUACCAUCGAUACAAGAGACCGCGACGAAUGCUCAACCCAAAGUCCCACCGAGGACGAGAGGGCAUUCCAAAAGUCCCGAUGGUGCUGACAUAGACCCUUCAGCGACAUCCACGCCAGAACGCAGAGUGGCUGGCAGAGAAUCGCCGGCGCCCUCGACCGCCAGGAGUUCCAGAAGAGACUCUUUGGCGGAAAAGCCCACAGGAGUCGCGGCCAAAAUUACAGAGCCAACUGCGAUUCCGGUUAGAGCGACUGCGCCCGGAGACCACCUCGAACAAAGUUACAACGGUGGUCUGUUUAAGGAGUACCAGAAGCAGAAACAGAGGUUGCAGGAGACCAUUCAGCAGAAGGAAAGGGAGAGGGACGAAUUAGUCAGACAACUAGCGGCACCGUUACCCGUGCAAGUAGCCGAUAAUAGACUGCAGGGAGAAGGGAUAAAGCAGCCUUUGGGGAGCAAAGGACCUUCGCCCGUUCACACGAAUACACCUGCCCGGUCUGGUAUCCAGUCGCCGAAGCCCACGAUUAACGGAUCGGAUCUAGUCGCAAGGCAAAAUUCAGUGCCAGGCGGUGUCUAUGAUUCGAGGAUACCGGAAGGACACUACGACGUUGUCAAGCUGAAGCAGGAGCCGGGGCUGGAGCUCGACACCAGCAACGGCAGCAGCAACGGCGGCAGGCCGCGCUUCGUGCCCGUCACCGCCCUCGAGGACGUGCAGGCGGUGCGCUGCGCCGAGUUUCACCCCCAUGGCAAGCUCUACGCCGUGGGCUCCAACUCGAAGACGCUGAGAAUAUGCGCCUACCCGAAGCUCCACGAUGUCAGGGAGGAUCAUCAGACCUAUCAACCCACCGUUCUCUUCAAGCGAACGAAACAUCACAAGGGCUCCAUAUAUUGCCUCGCGUGGACCCCGGAUGGCAGGCUGAUGGCCACCGGAAGCAACGACAAGACCGUCAAACUGAUGCGUUUUAACGCCGACACGUCGAACCUCGAAGGCCAAGAGGUCGAGUUGACUAUGCACGACGGCACGGUGCGCGACCUGUGCUUCCUCGAGGACACGUCGAACAAAUCGAGUCUUCUGAUCAGCGGCGGUGCCGGCGAUUGCAAGAUAUACGUUACCGACUGCGCGACCGGCACACCGUUCCAAGCCUUGAGUGGCCACAGCGGCCACGUGCUGACGCUCUACAACUGGGGUGGAGCGAUGUUCGUCAGUGGAUCGCAGGAUAAAACAGUUCGAUUCUGGGACCUGAGAACGAGAGGCUGUGUCAAUAUGGUUACACCUGCGACGGUACCUGGCAGCAGGCAUCUGAUUCCACUGCAGGUCGGCAGCCCCGUGGCCGCGCUCUGCGUGGAUCCGUCUGGCCGGCUCUUAGUGUCCGGCCAUGAGGACAGUAGCUGUGUUCUCUUCGACAUUCGCGGUGGCAGGACAGUUCAGUGUUUCAAGCCUCACGCGGCGGACAUCAGGAGCAUACGAUUCUCACCAUCGGCGUAUUACUUGCUGACAGCGGGAUACGACAACAAAUUGGUGCUCACGGACCUGCAAGGCGAUCUUACGAUGCCGUUGCCUAGCGUCGUGGUUGCCCAACACCAGGACAAGGUGAUCUCGGGGCGCUGGCAUCCGACCGAGUUCUCGUUCCUCAGCACCUCCGCUGACAAAACGGCAACCCUGUGGGCCUUACCACCAGUCUAAAAGUCCUGGACGAUAAUGCGCGCGAUGUUAUUUAUUUCUUUGUUUCCUUCUUUAAGAUCACCUUAACAUGAUGAAUUUUCGUUUUCGACGGCGACGUUCUCGCGCGUAUCGGGUGACCUCGACUCACUUCGCGGCUCUCGAGAGCGGCUCCGAGACGGACGUCGUUCGCCCGGGAGAGAGGAGCAAGAAGAAGAAGUUGGUUUUACAAGCGAUGUUAACGCCUAAUAUUCUAAUGUGUUAUCUGUGUAUUCGCACAUAGUUUAACCAUGACCAAUUAAACCUCCUUGAUCUGCGUGACGUGCGUCGUUAACACGCGAUACGAUGGUUAACUCGCAGCGUGUUCGACGCGUGUUACACGCGCGUGUUACAAGUCAAGCAUUUAAACGAUUCGAAACACUGUAAACACUGUGCAACGCGCUUUAAGGGAGAACAAGGAACCGUUUUUUAGUCAAACGAUAUAAUAUGUAUAUCGGAACCGGUAGAACAUUGUUUUUAGCUACGAAUUUGAUACCGGGGAAUUACAAGACUGUGGGUGAAUAAUCACUUCGCUUCUCGAUUCGCCGCUUCGCAGCCAGCGCGAAGCCGAAUCGUGCAACAUGUGGAGAGAAGAGUUUCAGAUACUUUUCUACUUUUCCUGCGCGAAACGCGAUACAAGUUUUUUUUUCUUCUGUUUUCUGGAAGGACGUUGAUUUCGCGGGGAGAAAAACACACGCACGUACUUAUCAUCAGAAUGUCGCGAUACGCGACACUUUUUCUUUCGUUUUCUUUAACAUAAUAAUUUCGUUAUGAUAAUCAGAAUUACAUCUGUACUGUAAAUAUGUUAAGAUGGACCUUACAAAAGAUCCUCAAGAUUCACGCGAAAUUCUCACGCGCGCUCCUCCUUUUAAGCGAAGCACGUGUACCAAUUCAUUUCUUAUUCCGAAUGCUCUCUGAUACUUUCACGCACACCGUCAUCGCGUCGUUUCGUAAUGUUUAAGUGGGAAAGCAAGAGCAAAGAGAAAAGAAGAACAUUCGGGAGAGUCGUCACUUUCGUUAUGUCUGACUCUUGAUUUAUCAUAGCAAAAGCUGCGCUGCGCCGCGCCGCACCGCGCCGCAAUCGUUCUAAUACGCGCACGCACACUCGCGCUUAACUCGCGUAGAUGCUCCUCCUUACUUCCAUCUCCAUGUUAUAUCGACUCACAAGCCAAAUAUACACACGCGUUCUAGUAUACAUAGGUAUUAUAUCCGUAUUCAAAGAAAUUAUAUAGGUACGCUCAUAUUAAUCGCUAUUUUUUACGGACUAAGAUAAUUAAUAUAACUCGAGAAUGCGUAUAUCUCUGGAGCGUAUAUCGAACGAUUUACGCGACUCGUCGCGACACGUGAUUAAGUUUACGGCUAAUCGGAACAAGAUAGUAUUCUUUACGUAGUACGGUCGUAAGUCGACCAACAAUUAGAUUUAAGUUGCAUGUCGCAAUCGCCAAAGCUCGCAGUAGCAAGAAAACUGGAAGGGAAGACAGCGAAAGGGAGAACCACUUUUGGCCGGCUGUCGAGAGUGGAUUCUUCCUCUCGUCGAUUCGAUGUAGCGAUUCGAACGUGUGCGUGGGAAGAGGUUUCUGUAAAUACAAACAACGUUCAUCGGCGAGUGACUCCUGAUUUUUCAUAUCACUUCUCUGUCAGACUACGAUGUUCGCGCGUGUCACACUUAUUGUUUUAUCCCUACUUCGACGUUGACGCUCGCAAAAGGGCGAGUCUCUCACUUUUUUCCGCGUAUAGACAAAUCGUACCUUAAGACGCGAAAGGCGAAAGUGUUCGAUGAAAACGGGAAAGUUCGCGGGAGAUAAGGAUAAAAAGGAAAAGAGAAAAGUGAAGAAAAAGAAAAAAAAAAAAAGCAGAAUAACGAUCAAGGGGAAACGGGUGAAUAAAUAGGGAGGUUCAAGUGCACCGCUUGCUGGGUAAAAAAAAAUUCGCAAUCUUCCGUGUUCGAUCAUUCGUAAGACGGCACACAGAGACGAGCACAGUACAAGCGUGUACACGGAGUACCGUGAAUCAGAACGCAAAACGCGUCUCGCACUGAGACGAGUUCGCACGAAUUCGCUUCUCGGUGUCCGCGUCAGGUAUAUCUUUCCGACUGGUAAUUUACGUUACCAACCUGAGAAAACAAGCUCUCUUCGGACCUUUUGACAUUCCGGGAAUACAUACGAGCGAUAGCGAGCUAAUAACCGAGCAGCAGUCGGCAAGUGUAUCGUGGCUGGCAUCUUUCGGAAGAUGCCAGCACGUCGAGAACGGUGAGAACGGUUUCCGCGUUAUUUCGUGACACGUGUCUCGCUGUUCGACAACUUGGUUCACUCUCUCUCUCUCUCUCUCUCUCUCUCUCGACUCUCCGCACAUUUUCUCAAUGACCGACUCGGAUUCGAGAGAUCGGAUAACGGCCGCGAUUAAGCGAGCGAGCGGAACGCGGGAGAAUAGCGAUUAUUUGUAAUAGCGACUUGACGCAAGCAUCUGCUUCCAUGUAGCAAUUUAUCGUGCCUUCUGUCGUGGCUGCUUUCGGCGAUUCACAUUUAUUUUUGUAUCUUUUCGUCAAGCCCUCAUCCCCGCUCCCCCUCAUCUUGCCCCACCUCUCAUAUUCCCCAUAUCACUCAACGUUAAUCUCACCUCCUCUCCGCCUAACCUCCACCCCUCCUCCUCCCCCUGCCCCUCUCAUCACACAAUGUAUUCGAACGAGCUCGUAAACGUCUAAAAGUAAAUCUCAGUAUCUCGUACGAGUAUUACCGCAUAACAUUACUACAUAUAUAUAUAUAUAUAUAGCAUAACUUAUAACUUUGUACUUUUCUUGUAGAUACGAUAUGGAUAUGUCACGUCUAAUUUAAACAAUAAAGUUUACGUUAUUAAGA